AUGCUUGGUUCGUACGCAAAUGCGUCUGACGCCCAGCUGCCGCGCAAGCGCAAGCGCCCGACAAUUUCUUGCUCCGAAUGCCAUAGGCGCAAACAGAAAUGCGACCGGCAGCAGCCCUGUUUCCACUGCACCCGACGGGGCAAGACCGAAAUCUGCUUGUAUGAGCACACCGCGGAGGAGUAUAUGUCUUACGAGUCGAUCACGACAGAACUAGGGACAAUCGAGAACGCGUCAAUAUCUCAGAUCCCUUCCGACACCAGGCCAGGCUCGGAGGCCGUGAUCGAUCAAUUGAUGUCGAGACAGCUGGGAUACUCCAGCAGUUGCAGCACAGGAACCUUCAAGAUUGUGUCGCAACUCGGAGAGCCGGAUCGCAGCCCGGCGACCUUCGCCAACAGCCGGCGAAACAACGACGCGGCGGCUCAGUACCUCGGUCUCAUUAGGGAAAUACCACACCGGAAAUAUGUGAACAUCCUAGUUCAUUCGUUCUUCACAAACGUCGCUUGGCACUACGAUGUUAUCGAAGAGGCAAUAUUCCGGGACGAACUAUCGGACUGGGACCAGGUCUCGUAUACUGCGCUGAAGCAGGGUCCGGAGUACUUGCCCGUCAACACACGAUAUUUCCCGGCACUACUCCUUCAAGUCCUCGCCCUCGCACUGCUAUACCAACCGGUCCAAUACGAUGACAUACUGGACGACCUCAAAUAUGCGCCCGACAUCGACUUUUCCGACCUGGCCUCGGACUAUAGCACUGCUGGGCAUCAGAUCAUGUGUAUGCUCGGGAGCCGAGACAUGCCGUUAUCGAAGAUCCAGGCUGGUCUGAUGAAGGCAUGCUUCGAGAAGAGCAUUGGCUCUGUUAUUGAAUCCUGGCAUACACUUGGGAGCACCAUCCGAGACGCUCAAGAGCUUGGCCUGCACCAGCUCAGCCCGUACGAUGCGAACAAAAUCGCUUCAGAUGCCAGCAAGCCGCGAGAGGUGAAAUUGAGGAGAAAGCUGUGGCUAGUUUUGCACCUCUGGGACGCACACAUGGCCGCUGUUCUCGGACGGCCCAUGGCUACAAGACUGGAUCCACGCGUCGUGAGUUCAACGAGCCCGCCGACGGCAUCCCCGCCGCAAGACCAGCAAGAGGUGAUAUUGUCCCCAUUUGACAUCAUACUCUGCGGCUAUCAUGCUGCCUUCAAGUAUCUUCAGGACAUUCAUGACCUUGAGGUCACAAGCAAGAUCGCUCAAGAAACGGUCCAGAAGAUACACAACGCCGUCGUGAGCAACAUCUCCCGGCUUCCAGCAUGGGCUACCUCCCCCUCCCCUACGCUUGACUGCAAAUAUCCGUGGCUCCCUGCCGCUCGCGAGACGCUCAUCACUGAGGUUUAUUUUGUCUUACUCGCGUUGCAUCGUCCUUUCAUGUCCUCCCUCUCCACAAGUCGCGUGGAGGCCCUCAAGGCCGCCUUGCAGAUGCUCGAAUCGCAGAACAGACUUUUCAGCCAAGCUGGAUCUCACAUGCACAUGUCAUUCACGCUUGUUUUUGCUACAUUCGAUGCUAUGGUGCUCGUUGCAGCGACGUACCUUGGCUUCCCGAGCGACAACCUGGAGCUCCUACCAGCAUCGAUGAAAUGCAUGCAAUGGGGCUUGGCGAGGCUGGAUGCAAUGAGAGCGCGAAACACCAUGGCCGGCCUGGCUUACGAUGUGGUACAGGCCCUGUAUCAGAAAGUGUUGAGUUGCAUCACCAUUCCAGACCCCCCGGCCCUUUAUACCGACGAUUCGGGAAAUUUCAACCGUGUCGCGCAGAUACCCUCUGGAGAUUAUGCUGGACAAGAAAUUCUUCAGGUUACGGGCGCAAUGGCGAAUACCAAGCAGGAUUUGGACAAUCAGCUGCGGCAAGAGCCACUAUUUGAUCUUGUCUAUCAAGACCUGCUUGGAAAGAGUGAAGCUCUCAAGCAGACAGAUACGGCUGUUCCUAGGCAGGAGCAAUGUGGCGAGCCAGCAUACGAUAGCUUUUGGCAGCUGAUGGACGACCUUACGUGA